GGAAUUCAACAUUUGCCAAAAACCUUAAAACGACAGCAAAUUUUGUGUUUCUCUUCUUUCCCAUCUCUUGGUAAUUGUUCAGUUCUCUGUUUCACUCCGAUUGCAGAGCCACCUGCAGAAAAACGAUAAUUCUCAAACCCCUCACAGAUGCGCCUUCCUUAAAUGUUUUGCUUUUGGGUGGUUGAAAGCUAAGCGGGUGCUCCUUUAAGGAGUUCGUCUUCGGUAUUAUCUAGUGUCCUUUACCAAAACCAGGGAAUGCUGAAAGAUGUGGUUGAAAGUUAAGAGUUCCCUCUCUAGUGUUAAUGAAGUUGUAGCACCAUGUGUGCUAGACUUAUUAAUCCUUGAUGAGAUUGGAUAUAUAGACCACUGUGAAUAUCUGUUUUAUGCGCAUUUGCCUGAGGAAGCUGGAAAUCUGAGCAAUUGUGUGAAAUCAAAACGUGAUGUUUGUGAAGAUGGCUGAGCUUUGAGCAUCAUUGGAAUAGUUUACUACUUUCUGAUAACGUAAGCACCUGGACUCAGUAUAUAAAUAAUACUAUCGAAAGUAGCAUUAGUCUUAUACAAAAAAGAGCUGCAGAAAAUGGAACAGAAGGGAGGUGUGCUUCUGCAAAAAUAUGAACUUGGUAGGUUAUUAGGCCAAGGGACCUUCGCAAAGGUCUACCAUGGUAGGAAUCUGAUAACUGGCAUGAGUGUGGCCAUUAAGGCAAUUGAUAAGGAAAAAAUUUUGAAAGUUGGAUUGGUUGAUCAGAUUAAGCGUGAAGUUGCAGUGAUGAGAUUAAUCAGACAUCGACAUGUGGUUGAGCUUUAUGAGGUAAUGGCCACCAAAACCAAAAUUUUCUUUGUCAUGGAGCAUGCAAAAGGUGGUGAGCUAUUCAACAAGGUACUCAAAGGAAGGCUGAAGGUGGAUGCUGCUAGGAAAUAUUUUCAGCAACUGAUUAGCGCUGUUGACUACUGCCAUAGCAGGGGUGUGUGUCAUCGAGACUUAAAGCCUGAAAAUAUACUUUUGGAUGAAAAUGAUAAUUUGAUGGUUUCAGACUUUGGGUUGAGUGCCUUGACUGAAUCCAAACGCCAAGAUGGGUUGCUCCAUACUAUAUGUGGUACCCCUGCGUAUGUUGCUCCAGAAGUGAUAAACAGAAAGGGUUACGAUGGGAUGAAAGCAGAUAUAUGGUCAUGUGGGGUAAUCUUGUUUGUUCUGUUGGCUGGUCAUCUUCCAUUCCAUGAUUCAAAUCUGAUGGAGAUGUACAGGAAAAUCAGUAAAGGGGUAUUCAAAUUUCCUAAAUGGUUUGCACCAGAUGUUCGCCGGUUAUUAUCCAGAAUAUUGGAUCCAAACCCAAAGACCAGGAUAUCAAUUGUCAGAAUUAUGAAAUGUUCUUGGUUUAAAGUGGGGUUGGAGAAUCCUGCUAUGACUGCUGCAACCGAAAACCAAGAACCAGCUGCAGCUCCAGCUCCCGUGAAUGCUGAUGGAAUACUUGAAGCGUGCGAGAAUGACGGUCCACCUAUUGCAGAGUCAAAGCAUGAACUGACCAAGCCUUGUAACUUGAAUGCUUUUGCUAUUAUCUCCUUCUCAACUGGUUUUGAUUUAUCUGGUAUGUUUGAGGAUAGUGUUCCAAUGAAAGAGAUGCGGUUCAUGUCAAAUAAGCCUGCUUCGAGUAUAAUCUCUAAGUUGGAAGAAAUUUGUAAGAGGCUUUGCUUGAAAGUAAGGAAGAAAGAUGGAGGCUUGUUGAAGUUGGAGGGUUGGAAGGAAGGCAGAAAAGGGAGUAUAGGUGUUGAUGCUGAGAUUUUUGAGAUUACGCCACAGCUCCACAUGGUGGAACUUCGAAAGUCCAAUGGUGAUACCAUGGAGUAUCAGAAGCUUUUUACACAGGAUAUCAGACCAGCACUUGAAGACAUUGUUUGGACAUGGCAAGGAGAACAACCACAGCAAGAGCAACAGCAUCAUGAAGUAGUUCUGGAAGAGCACCAACCUUAGUUUCCUCAUCAACAUUUCAUCCUUUGCUUGUUCAUUCUCUCUGCUUCUUUUGUUAUUUUUCACAGAAUAACAUGCCUAGCUAGUUCAGUCUUAUUUGAUGGAUACUUGAAUAAUUGUCUACACAAAUUGCCAAGUUCACCAAUUU